UUCUUGAAUGCUCUCCUGGUGGACAUCGGAUCCUGCAGAACCCUUACAGGAGUGUUGAUUUUGAUUCAUCUCACCUCCAGCAGUCAGCUAUUCAGGAUUUGAUCUGUGACCAUUCCCUAACACCAGGAUGGUAUCGCUUUAUGAUUUUUGAUAAGCCUGCAGAGAUGCCAACCAAGUGUGUUGAGAUGAAUCACUGUGGAACUCAAGCCCCUGUCUGGUUGUCUCUGAGAGAGUCAGAAUCCAUGCCUCGACCUGGUGAGAUCAAACAGUUAACAGCUUGUGCUACAUGGCAGUUUUUCUUCAGCACUUCAAAGAACUGCUGCCUUUUCCGAAUCCCUGUCAGUGUGAGGAACUGUGGAGAUUUCUUUGUUUACUUACUGCAGCCCACCCAAGGAUGCAUGGGGUAUUGUGCAGAAGGUAACCUGGCUCCUACAUCAUUUCCAUCUGUGUCACCACCACUACCAUCCACUCCUGAAGUUGUAGCAGAGAUGAUCAAAGGCAGCAUUUACCUGAGGUGUACCUUUGGCAUUCCUUUUGCAAACAGCUCAGUUGGAUUCAUUGUAACUUGGUCAAGACUUUCUCCUGAAGGUAUCAAAGAAGAACUUACACAUGAAACAGCAGUUCAUACCUUCUCACUUCUGGAACUAGAUGGGAUAAACGUCAGACUUGGAGACAGAGUCUACUGUAGCAGUUCUGCUUUUUUCAUGGAGAAGCCAGAUGUACAAAGCUCUUCGGUUGAGAGCAAGGAAUUUUUUGCUGGCAUUAAGAUGCAUCCAGAAACAUAUGAUAUAUCAGAAGAUGGGAAGGAAUACAGACUGAUAAUAGAAAGCAGCAUUCCUAUUCCUUGUCCUGAGUUUAGUCGGCUUGAAAGUGACUGCAAAAUCUCACUAACAUUAAAUAGUGUUGAUGAGGGUAAAGAGCAGUUAGGUUUAAACUUGGCUCUUUCUUCUUGUCAUGUGGAUCUUCUCCAGAAACCCUGCAGUAAUGGAAUCUGUAGUCGAGCUGUAAUUUAUUUCACUGCUGUGACAGACUUCAUGCAGGAUGGAGACAGAAUUACCAGCAUUACAGCCAAACCUAUAUCCAGUGAGAAUUUUCUGUGGAAUGGCUAUGUUCCAGAAAGCACACAGGUUACAGUUAAGGAUCUACCCACUGCCUAUUGCUACUCAUUUACUGACCCUCAUAUAAUUACAUUUGAUGGAAGAGCCUAUGACAAUUUUAAAACUGGAACAUUUGUUCUCUAUAAGAGUACAUCUCGAGAUUUUGAAGUUCACGUUCGCCAGUGGGACUGUGGAAGUCUUCACUACCCAGCAUCCUGUAACUGUGGCUUUGUUGCCAAGGAAGGAAGUGAUAUAAUUGCAUUUGACAUGUGCAGUGGUCAGCUACAUGAGUCACAGCCACACUUGUCUGUAAUAAACAGAGACACAACAGGAAGCAAUGUCAGGAUCACUGAAUCCUACCUAGGAAGAAAAGUAACAGUUUUGUUUUCUUCUGGAGCUUUUGUUCGUGCUGAUGUGAGUGAAUGGGGAAUGAGCAUAACACUUCGGGCACCCAGUUCAGAUUACAGGCAUACAGUGGGACUCUGUGGCACCUUUGAUGGAAGUGCUGAGAAUGACUAUCACACUGCAAGUGGGGUGGAAAUCCCAAACCACACUAACGUUCCUCUUUCUUUUAUUAAGGAAUGGAGGUAACUAAUUUCAGAGAGCUGGUUUGACAAGACACCUGCUUCUUUAACAACAUCCAGAAAAAUAGUCUUCUGUGACUGUGCACUUGAGGAUGCUGGAUUAUAUCCAUCAGUGAACAAACUGGAGACAGUUUCUCAGUCAGAACCUACUUUGUCUUGUAAAGAAAGUGAAAAUGGUAGAUUUCUUUCUUUGAUACCAGGUCUGGAUGUCACUGCUGAGUAUCUCGGUCCUGUUGGUCUUGUCAGAGGCUUAAAGAAACGUUCAUCUGCACAUGAAGUGGAUUCAUCUACACUCCUGGAGAGGGAGGAUAAUCAAACCAAACUUCACAAAACAUCACUAGUAGACUCACGUGACUCUGCAACCUCAGUGGGAAAUACUGGUACAGAAAGAACAGGAAUUUCAAGCUCAGACAUUAGAAGAAAUUCUCACCAUUACAAUAGUCAUCUUCACAAAAGUCAGUCUGUUACAAGUAGAGGGAAGCGCCAAAAUUAUUAUGAAUACCAUCCGGUAUUCCUGUUCCAAAGUCUUAGCCAAACAGACUUAGAGGGAUACAGUUAUUUUUUCCCAGAGGACCAUGCGACUGACACAGACCAAAGGUUCCUUCCUUCUUGGCCCACACCUUCAGGCCUCACUGAGUCUAGUGCUAUGCUCCUGUGCCAGCAGGCAAUAGCUAAUUCCAGUAUAGGAAGAUCUUGUGGUGCCCUUCUUGGCCAUCGAACAGAGGAUGCAAUAGUUAUGUGUGUUAAAGAUUUGCUGCUGAAAGAUGACCUCCAUUGGGCACAAGCUUCCUUAGCUCUUCUGGAGAAUGAAUGUGAGAAAAGAAUUUUAGAAGAAAUAAAUUACAACCCACAGGAACUCGAAGGAUCAGUUGAGAGCCUACUUACUGCAUUAAAGUGUCCCAGUCUCUGCAGUGGUAAUGGGGAGUGUACAGAAUGGGGCUGUGCAUGUUUUCAAGGCUACAGCUCAUAUGACUGCAGCAUACUGUCUGACCAGGCUCCAGAAAUUACAGAGCUGGAGAAUGCUGGGCUGUGUGAUAUUCGACAGUAUGACUGCACAUCAGUGAGAGCUUUUGGACAUGGCUUCAGGGAGUCAUUGAACCUGAAAUGUGAAGUCAUCAAAUUGCAGUAUAGUGAUAGACAAUGGAUUCCUGGAGAAGCUCUAACUAUGCCAGCUGCCUUCCAAAAUGCCAGGACUGUUGACUGCCAGUUACCAAAUGAUGGCCAGCAGUCUGAUGUCAUGGAUGUGGUUGAUGAUAAACCCAUUGCCAGGUGGCAAAUAAAGAUUUCCAAUGACGGAUUAAUUUAUAGCAACUCUAAAACAAUGAUAUUAUAUGACGGAGCCUGUCAGACAUGUGAACCACAAGAAUCUGGGUUAUGCACAUUAAAG